UACCAGAGCUUCAGUCUAAGAUGUAACGUAGAGGGCUACCAUGUUGUUGUUUUCUCCAAAGGGUGAACUGGAGUGAGGCUGCUGGAACAGACACGAGGUGUUAGACAUUAGUCUGGCUUGAACUCAUGAGGUUUCGGUUAACUAGCAGCUAAGCUAAGGUUAUAAAGCAGGUCAGUAGUAGAAGCUCUGUCCUUUUUUAAGUUUUAGUGUAACUUCAUUUUCUGUACAUGGUUUAAGCUGCCUAAAAUGGGCUAACCCUUAAGGAUUCCUCUUGUUUCAAAGGUCGUAUGUUUGGGUCAUGUCUCCAAACAGAACCACUGACCUCCUCUGACUAAAAGCUGAGAUCAGCCUGGAGAGGAAUGUAGGUUGUCAACAGAGCUAUUUUGGCAAUGUACAGCCUCUAAUGAUUGUGAUCACAGAGCAGAGCUCGGAGCAGUUGCUUUGCUUUCCUUUUUUCCUACCAGCAAGUUUGAUCAUGCAGCUCUCACCGAUGCUGCAGGGAUUAGAGAGUUAAACGAAUGGCACGUCGGCUGCGCUUGCAUUUUGCGUCAAGGAGAAGCAACACGGACCCUCUGUCAGAAAGCCUUAGCAGCCAUGGUGAGCAGAGUGGAGUCAGUGUGUCAGCUCGUAGCCCCGCAGAGAGUCUGGCGCACAGUUCUGUACACUUGAAGGUGACUCCGUUGUCACCGAACUAUGCUAAUUUACAGCGGUACUCUUCAGUAUUCAUACCCAGGGUUAACGCUGGAGGAUUUAAUAAAAAGAGCAUUCUGCAGAUCUCGCUGCAGCCCUGUGGAAAGCUCACUGGAGAGCUUAAUGGCAAUAUAGAGGAUGGAGACCCGGGGGCCAGUGAAGGAGGAGCAGGCAGUGGCUCUGACGGAAGCUCGUGCAGCAGCAGCAUGGCCAGCGAUGCCGGGUACUGUAGCAGCAACAGCAUCUUUGAGCCAGAGGCUUCAGAAAAGCACAGGACCACCCAGGAGAGGAGUCUACUCAGCCGCAAGUCCAAAGUCCCGCUGAGACGGUGCUCCUCCUUGGUUAUAUUUCCAAAGAGCCCCUGCAGCACCCCACCUGCUUCCCCAGUCAGUCCAGUGGCUCUACCUGCUCUCCCACCAGCCAGGGGGUCUUAUCAGUCAUCUCUUCAGACAUCUGCCAGUGAAUUCUCACUAGAUGAUGAGGAAGUGAAUUGCAGAGAGUCCACCACCACGGCAGCAAGUGACCGUCGUCUCCCAAAAGGAAGCUGUUCAUCCGAGUUGAGGGACACCAAACACAUGGUGCAAUUUAAUAUUCCUAUACAGGAUGAACCAAAAGGAAAAAUGGAGGACAGGUGCAAAAUAAGGGAACUGUCAUCAACUCUAGACAGAUCGAAUCGUCACUCUAGCAGCGUGCUGCUGCACUUUGCCCACCAGAGACCAAUGGUGUCCGGGAAGGGAGCUACAACCACGGCUACAGUCAAUGUGGAAUAUCCUGAGGCUCCUAACCCAGCCACACAUCCCGAGGGUGAACAGAACCCUCACAAAAAACUCUAUCGUAGUACUUCUGCUUGUUUGUUCUCCUCAACUAAACUGUCAGAAAAAGCCCACAAGGUCUGUUCAUCAGGAAAAGGUCAGGAAAGGCCUGAUGAAAACCAUUGUCAUCGUGCCAUACAAAGGAGCUUUUCCCUGGAGGUGCCCUACGCUAACACAGGAAUUUCAUGUCACGUUUCAAAUCCAAAACUCAGUAGUCCUCACUCUCCACAUGUGCACAUUCAUUUGUCUCCUUGCUGCCCAGCUAAGUUGCAGAGCUCUGUUACUGAUGUAAACACAAGCCACAAAGGAAAUAACACACCAGAGAGUCCGGUUCAAAACACCAAGACACGUGAUGACUUUCUGGGACAGGUGGACAUCCCCUUAAAUCAGAUACCGACAGAAAAUCCUAAUACAGAAAGGCCAUACACAUUCAAGGAUUUUCUGCUUCACCCACGAAGCCACAAGUCCAGAGUCAAAGGUCACCUGCGUCUCAAAAUGACCUACCUGCCAAAAAACCCAGAUUCAGAGGAGCAAACAGCAGAACAGACUGAGGACAUGGAUCCUGGUUGGGAGUUUCUGGAGGCUCAAGACAUGUCAGGUCCCAGACAAAACCAGCUGUUGCCUGCUCUGCCCCCUGGCUGGGAGGAGCGGCAGGACAACCUGGGAAGAACCUACUUUGUCAAUCAUGAGAGCAGAACCACACAGUGGACACGACCCACAAUUCAGAACGUUGAUGUGGAGAUGCAAAGAAGACAGAACAAUAACAUAGAUGCGGAGCAUGCUAUUAUUACACGUAGACAGAUCUCAGACCAUGAUGAGAACACCACACGAGAGUCUCCUGAGAGCUGGGAGAUCAUUACAGAGGAUGAGUCCACCUUGUACCACAGCAAUAACCAGCUCACAUCAAGUCCACCCCACGGGCCUGCAGAGUCCCACCCGUCCCGCGCCGAGCUGAGAAACACUCACAUUUCUGGGGCCACAGCUGGCGAGCUGAGCAGUUACCAGACAAAUCAUGCUAAUAAUUCAAGCCAUUCCAGUCUCAGAGGAAGUGCCCAGACUUCAACAGGAGAGGAACAUCCUGUUAAUCCUGUGCUGAUUCCAACCUCAACUGGGCUGCCUCCAGGCUGGGAGGAGAAGCGAGACAGUAAAGGGAGACGCUACUUUGUCAACCACAACAGCCGAACCACUUCAUGGACACGACCCCUCAUUCAAAAAACCUCAGAGGCACCAGUAGUAGUAGCAGCAGCAGCAGCGGCAGCAACACAGAGUGGUGCAGGUGUAGCCCAGAGCCUGACUCCACCCUUGCCAUCCAUGUCUCCAGAGGAAUCUCCUCAGCACACCCCAAGCCCAGAGGCCACACAUAAAUCUGGCUUCCUGCCGGCUGGUUGGGAGGUUCGCAGUGCUCCCAAUGGAAGACCCUUUUUCAUCGACCACAAUACUAAGACAACUACCUGGGUGAGAAAGCAGCAGGCUUCAGAUGUGCUUUUACCUCCAAUUGAAGAUCCCAGGCUAAAGAUCCCUGUGCACAUGAGGAAGAGACCAUCACUUGAUCCAUCUGAUCUUGGCCCUCUGCCGCCUGGCUGGGAGGAGAGGGUCCACACCGAUGGCAGGAUAUUCUACAUAGAUCACAACACCAGGAACACACAAUGGGAUGAUCCCAGAUUACAGAACUCAGCUAUAACUGGACCAGCAGUGCCUUAUUCCAGAGAUUAUAAACAGAAGUAUGACUACUUCCGUAAGAAAAUGAAGAAACCGGCUGACAUCCCAAACCGUUUUGAGCUGAAACUGAGACGUAAUGCGGUGCUGGAGGACUCGUACCGGCGCAUCCUCUCCGUGAAGAGGGCAGACCUGCUGAAGGCAAGACUGUGGGUGGAAUUUGAGGGAGAAAAAGGACUGGACUAUGGUGGUGUGGCCAGGGAAUGGUUCUUCCUCAUGUCCAAGGAGAUGUUCAACCCGUACUAUGGACUGUUUGAGUAUUCUGCCACGGACAACUACACACUGCAGAUUAACCCCAACUCAGGUUUAUGUAAUGAGGACCACCUGUCCUACUUCAAGUUUAUCGGACGCGUGGCAGGCAUGGCCGUGUAUCACGGCAAACUGCUUGAUGCUUUCUUCAUUCGGCCUUUCUACAAGAUGAUGCUGCAGAAGCCCAUCACUCUCCAGGACAUGGAGUCUGUUGACAGUGAAUAUUUCAACUCCUUGAAGUGGAUUUUGGAGAACGACCCGAAAGACUUGGAUUUAAGGUUCACCAUCGACGAAGAGCUGUUUGGACAGACUCGCCAGCAUGAACUGAAGCCGGGCGGCGCAGAGAUUGUCAUCACUAAUGAAAACAAGAAGGAAUACAUCCAUCUGGUGAUGCAGUGGAGGUUUGUGAACAGGAUACAGAAACAGAUGACUGCCUUCAAAGAGGGAUUCUUUGAGUUGAUACCUCAAGAUCUGAUCAAGAUCUUUGAUGAGAAUGAGCUUGAGCUGCUCAUGUGUGGUCUUGGAGAUGUGGAUGUGAAUGACUGGAGAGAAAACACCAAGUACAAGAACAGCUAUUGCUCCAACCACGCUGUUAUCCAGUGGUUUUGGAAAACGGUGCUGUUGAUGGAUGCAGAAAAGCGAAUCCGACUCUUACAGUUUGUGACAGGAACAUCAAGGGUCCCAAUGAAUGGCUUUGCUGAACUCUAUGGGUCUAACGGACCACAGCUUUUCACUAUUGAGCAGUGGGGAACACGUGAUAAACUCCCCCGAGCCCACACAUGCUUCAAUCGACUGGACCUGCCUCCUUAUGAGUCUUUUGAGGAGCUGAGGGAGAAACUUCACAUCGCCAUUGAGAAUGCACAAGGCUUCGAUGGGGUGGAUUAGAGCUUGUGCUGUAAUUGAGCUUAACUGACAUUACUGCAUGAUGUGGUGAAGACGUUGAUGAGAGAAACGAGCUGUGCGUCAGAUUCGGGUCUUAACCUGUCAGCUGUGUGACGGAUGAAGGACGUACAACUUCACUUUGGUCCUCUGUUGAGGCACACGUGGAGAAAGGACAUUAAAUCUGGAGUGACAGAGGUAUUUAAUCACUCUACGUGUUCUAAAGUUUACAAAGCAAACAUGCAAAGCUGUAUACUGCAUAACGAAAACAUCUAACCUUAAACAGUAGUUUCAUUUGGGCUGAAUUGCCUCAGAAAAACGUUAUGCUCAGAUUCUCACAUCAGGUACUUGUGAGGUUUUAUCUUCACGUUGUAGUUGGUGGGAAAUUAGUUUAGUUGUGUUAACUUAACUUGUCCCUUCACCACAUGUUAGUACUGGAAAGAGUGGGCCGUGGCUCAGAAUACUCACUAAGUUAUGUUUAACAUAAGGAUAACAUCAACUCUUGAUAUUUGAAUUUAAGAAAAAAACGGAACUCACAAACCAUGUUUCCUAUCAUAUAUAUACUAUUCAACGUUUAAAGUAAAGUUAACAAGUCUGAAAUCCCUUUAAACAUGACCGUGGCUCAACUGGAACAGUAUUGCAAAGAAAACGUCAUCCAAAUGUUGAAGGCAGCAAUGUGUCAGAAGUUUUAAACCUGUAUGAUCAGAUGGCAAUUCAACCUAAAUAAAACAGAUGUGAAGAUAUUUUUUCCUAUCAUUUAAAUUCUAUACAUAAUUAUAUUUUUUUUCAUUCCAUCACACUAGAAUCACUCAUGCAAAUCCCAAAUAUAUGCACCCCAAAAGCAUUGGUAGCAGAAAAUGUGCAAGUUAUAUACGUAAGUAAGUUUGAGCGACUACACUGAAGGAAGGUGUAUCAUUGAAUCAUUAUAGUAGUGAUGUACCAAUGCCAGGACCAGUAAAAGGCUAAACUAAUUUUACAGUAGUUUGUAUCAGACUACAUGCAGUGUUAGAUUGUGCUGAAAUACUAUGCAUAAUUGUACAUAUUGAUAAGAGCUCAUUGAAUAACACCUGUUUCUUUUAGUUUUUCAGUUAUUUCAUAAAUAUACUGUACAUAUUACUUUGCUUUCAACAAAAUGAUGAAGCAUUUAUUGUUAAAAUUGUUCACUCAAACUUGUGAAAUUGGCAAAUAACGGUUAUUGGUGCACCUCUACAUUAAUACAUCAUUUUCUUUUAUGAUCAGUACACUCUCAUACUCAAGGUUAACAUUUACCGUUUGUGUAACAGAGAAAUAAACAAAUGUACAUACACAUAAUAUGUCCUGGUAUUAGUAGCUUACAGAAACAUUAUCCAACAGACUGACGUUAUCACACACUUUGCAUACAGUAUGUCAGAAAUUAUGUUUUGUUGCCUUUUGUCAAUGAGUGACAUCAUGUUUUCCUCUACUCAUCACGGGUGUCCAAUUGCAGCACGGUGCUCUGUUUUUAAGAGUACAACUUUUAAAAAGAUUUUGUUGGUUGUCAAAAUGUGUAUAGAUUUGUCAGUUUUCAAAAUGAGUAACACUUGUUCAUACCUUUGUAGGAAAGCAACUGUUUUUCAGCAGUAGUUUUUAACAUUUUCUGAAUAGUAAAACAAAACGUGUUUACACUACCUGCCAUGUUUACAGGUCGUUGAUAAAAGAAGAUAUGGUGGGAUGGUUCUUGUCUCUGACAACACAAUUUUAUACUUUAUGCUUUUAUAAAGUGAAGCACUUUGUUAA